GGAGAUCUUGCCAUCUUACAGUCAAACUCGAAUCACCAAAAAGUAGUCAAGCCUUCUUCAAGAUUACACAGAGUUGAUUCGCUUGUCUUUGUCAAAAGAGCCAAAUGCUGUUUUUAAGGCACUCUUCAAGCGCUUGAGAAGAACUGAAACAAGAGAGGGAGACAAUCGGUUUAAGCCACCCAAUCUGGACCAGAAUAAACACCAAGACAUGAGUGGUUUCAUUCUGAUCAAAGAAGUACCACCCGAUGCAACAUACAAGCUAAAGCCGAGCUUCAACAAAUUUGGAGGGAGAAGAUAUCAAAAGGCGGAGAACAUGACCGUGCAAGAUUAUAUUCUGCAACAUUCUGAGUUCUCAUUGUGCAAGAUAGCCUCUAGAGAGGAUAAGUUGGUCAUCACAAACGCAUUGAUCAAAGAAGAACCCCCAUAUCCAAAAAUGAUGACAAACACCGAACAAGUCAAAGAUCCUAUCCAGGUAAGUAAUUCCUCGACUCGAUUUAUUCCUCAUGAUUUAAGGGCUAUGAUUAUAAUUUUAUUACAUCAGGAAAUCAUUGAGAAUAAAUCAUGCUUAUUGAAUGAAUAUUUGGAAUCAAAUUAUUGUCCUAAGGUGCAACUAAAAGAUGAAGAUUAUGAGGAUAUUGAUUUAGUCCAAGCUGAGAUUUGUUUGCAUGUUUAUAAUGACUUCAUGACUGUAAUAACACACUUGUUCUUGGUCAAAGGUUUUGAAAACAUUGCAGGUACAAAAGAGGAGCCACCAGAUUUAGAAGUUCUCUCACUGAAUCUCUUUGUGAGGACAGGAAUUGGAGAUGUUUUCACGCAGGAUAAAAAACCUUAUGCUCGUUUCAGGAUGAUUUUUGAGGUUGGAGAACAAGUAUGGGUACACUUGAGGAAGAAAGGAUUUUCAGCUAAAAGGGAAUCCAAUCUAAUCCCAAAGAUCGAUGGUCAAUUCAACAUAGCAAGCCAAAUCAACAACAAAGCUUAUGAACUUGAGCUGCAAGGUAAGUUUAAUAUGAGUUCCCGUUUAAAAGUUAUUGACUUGGUUCUUUUCAUUGUAGAUGAAUUGGAUUUGAGGUCAAAUCCUUUUCAAGAGGGAGAGGAUGAUAUGAUCAUGCCUAGCACAUCGAACUUGGAACUUCACAAAGAGCUUGUAGCCGAGGAGGAGCUUGAAGUAGAGGAACAACUCGAAGCUAAGGAGUCGUUUGAAUCAGAUAAUGAGCUUAUAGCAGAGAAAGAGUAUGGAAAAGAUGUUAUCUUAACCUCAAUGGUUUUGAUACAUGAUCACCAAAUGGGAAUGUGUCUCAUUUGUACUCUUUUUCCCUUGUCAAGUUUUGUCCCAAUGGGUUUUCUUGACAAGGUUUUUAAUGAGGCAAAUGAUUCACAUUCAAAUCACCCAUUUGUUGAUCCAAACCAUGAAAAUACACUCAUAACUUGGCCGAAUGGAAUAUAUAUCAAGUCCAGCUUGUUUUGUGCCUAUUACAAGCCCAAGAAGAGCCCAAACCAAGUGAGUAAUUUGCUGGCCAAGAGGAGUGACGAAAAUAAGUAGUUGAAGAGUCAUUUCUAUUCAAACUCUAUCUUUAAUAUUUUGUUAUUUCCAAGGUAGUCUUGUGAGUGUGUUCCAAGACUUCCUUCUUCUUUAUAAACCCCUUGUAAUCU